CCACGACAUCAAAAGGAAGAGCGCCAGAGUUCACAGCCUACAAUAAUGUCCGAUAAAUCACCCUGCUUCCUCUACAAGGAGACACGAGUGAAUCUUGACUGGGACGACUCCUAUGGAAAUAUCCUUAACAUCUUCCUACCAAUCCACCAUUCCGGACCCACCAGACGAACGUCCUCUCACACAAACAUCAUCAAAAAGCCCGAACCCGACAAGCCAGAUACCCUGUUCCAGUACAGACACCUUGCUACUGCGGCCUCGGUAUACUACCGACCGAUUGAGCGAUAUCCCCGAUGUAUCCUGUGGAGAGUCCUGGAGGAAGCGCAGGUGCUCUCACUAACAUCGGUGGACUUUACCAAACCCCACGAUACCCGGGGAGAGUUUUCCAGCACAUUUAGAUUCUACUUCCCGGAUACAAUCAGGCCGGGAUGUGUUGGGUUUGCAGACGCUCCUGAUAAGGAUGAGUUGGUGGUUUAUGUCAUGACCGCCGGGAACAUUAUUUACACAUUGAAUCUGUCGGCGGAUUUCUUCCUCCGGGGCGCGGUUACUAGGAAGACUUCGAAGGAUAGCGAUUAUUGUAGGACGUUCUCGCCCUCUUCAUUUACCCUGCAUUCACCGCACUAUCUGAUAGCCAUUGAUCAUGAAACUUUGCUUGUUUCGUUGCAGGAUGGAGUGCUACUUAAACUUGAGAAGAGUGAUGCAUUACCUGAAGAUCCUGAGAUGUCGGUGUCACGAUAUGCCGAGAAGACAUUUAGUGAAGGUACCUAUAUGGCUUUUUUCAAAAAUAGGAUGCCGUACUUCAGGCCCGGGACUGUCAAACACGGCCGUGACAAUGUUUCGUUUUCAGCAGUUAUAUCUUCGGCGGUCUAUUUCCCGCGACAGUGCGAAGACAGUAUGGGGGAAGGGCAUCAAGUUGGCCCACUUUUGUUUACCGUCUCGGUGGACCAUACCUUGAAGACAUGGUCAUUAGACAAAGGUAUUCUGUUACACGCGACAGACUUGCUCAAUGAAACCGCUCCUCCGUCGUCUAAAAUGAAGACCCUACUAUCUCCAGCGUCGUCUCAGCUAUUAACUGUAAUCGACACCUCGUUCCGGGAUGACCACAUGUUUUAUCUUGUCAGCUUUUCCUCUGCAACAACCGGAAAGUUCAAAUUCUGGGCUGCUCAGCAGGGAUUCGAUGGGGAAUAUCAAGGGCUCGUAGAUUUAUACCCAGAUAGAGAGUUCACGGCGGAUCCCCCUACGUUGAACUCGGUUUGGAUGAUAUCUGAGUUCCGUGUCACACCUGUAUCAGGUGAUAACAACGGCCUCCUCAAUUUGUGGGUUCUAUGGAAGAGUAAUACAACCUUCCGGGUGCAAAAUCUACAAUUCCACAUCCUGAACGUUGGAGAAUACUGGAACACCUGGGCAACUGCAACUGCAGACUCUCUACACGGGCUUCCUGGUAUCCCGCCCAGCAAUGUCACCUCCGAGGAUAUCACAGAUUAUUGGAUGGAUUGGAUAUUCUGCCCCGGAAGAUUCAGCGAUUCUCUCCUCCUUACAGCAUUGGAUAUUCACCGAUUGUUCUAUUGGGCGACUGCUGGCUCCCCAGUUGACGAUCCAGCAGAUCCAUUACAGAGUAGAGUUGCUAAAGCCAUCCCUGGUGCUGUCGAAUUGCAUAAGACCGAGGAUGGGUCGCCAGAUUAUGAAAGGUAUAAUCACGAGCUUAACACACAAUGGGUGAGAUAUGCUCGUUUGUGUACCGAGCUCGACAAGCAACGAUGCGAAGCACUAUCCCUUGUGGCAGAUCCCCAUACGGGUUUCGUGUGGACUGUAAACGCGGACGGAAUCACCGCACUACGAGAAUGCACUGAAUCUGAGAUGAUGCAGCACAACCACCUCACCUUUGCGUUGAACAAGGAAAUACUCUCACUGCGGUCACCUCGGAAGCUUGGGGCUGGGUUAGCGAAUACAGAGUUAUCUGAUGCUAUGCUUUUAGUGCAGGCUGCCACGAAUUUGAGGAAUAGUCUGACCGGAAAGCUAUACGAAAACUGUCUAUGGAGGUUACAAAGGGAAGUGUUGGAGGAUGGUGUGUUUGCAUUCGAGGACCGGAUGUUGUCACUUUAUCAGAAUUGCCUGGAAGGGGAGAUUUCAGAUGAUGAUUGGGACAAAUUUGAGGAGACGACAGAAGCAAUGAAUGAUCCACAAACGGCGUUCUACUCUAUAUUGUCGAGUUUGUUCCAGGCUGAGGGACAUGCUGGAGCGGCUAAGCUGACAGCAUUCGGAGGGAGAGUGCUCGUGGCUGGGAGCCGUGAAGUCAUUCAUGUCAACCAUGAUAUUCUGUUUGGCCUGGUGUUUGUCCUGCUGAUGCUCGUCUUCGAGGGGGGGCAUCCGAAGAUCGAUAGCCCUGAUUCGUUAUACCUGCAGCUCCUGAACUAUAUGCGGGAGUAUGAGGUCCUUAACUGGAUGGCACGAACACCUCUGUCGAUUCCUGACUCUAGGCUUUCGGCAGACGACGAGCUCGCAAAAGGAUUGGCAGGUCUAAAAGUCACUGGAUCAGACCAGGCAGUCGUUUCACAGAAGAGGAAAGGUUCAGUCCUCCAGCUGACGCUUCCCGAGAACUCCGGCCCUCCCCCUCAUGGACCUGGCAGAAGCGGCUCCGUGGCGAUAUCUGUAUGUAUACGGCGAUAUUUGGCCAGCUUGGAACUCACAAAUCACGGGAAUGGAUUCGCAAAUGUCGGCGCUGCGCUCUUGGGCACCAACGCUGUUGCAGUCGCGAUGGAAUUUCAGAGGCAUCUUCCAGCUACAAGUUGGGGAUUUUAUGUGAGAGCGAGAAUACAGUUGAAGGAUGGCAGUAAAGAUACUGCUGCAGUAACCUUCAAGAAAGCUGCUUACGGACUAGGUAGGUUUUUCAUCUUUUCUUAG